AUCCAUCACCACCAUCUCCGAUCCAUCUCUUCGGCUGCCUGUGCUACCCUUCCCUUCACCUCACACAGGAAUAUACUACACAUUCCUGCCUUAGAUACAUAUAUACUUUUUUACUGAAAAAAAAGGCUGAGCCGGUGCGAGCGAGGCUUGAGCAAUGGCGAGCGCGUUUAGCUCGAGGGCAUGCGCGCUGCUGGCGCUGCUCCUGGGGCUCUGCACCGCCGGCGCGGCGGCGGGCAGGGUGGACGACGGGCUGGAGGUGACGUGGGGCGACGGCCGCGGGAGCGUCUCGCCCGAUGGCCAGGUGCUGACGCUGUCGCUCGACCGCACCUCCGGCUCCGGGUUCCGCUCCAAGGACACGUACCUCUUCGCGCGCGCCGACGUGCAGAUCAAGCUCGUCCCCGACAACUCCGCCGGCACGGUCACCACCUUCUACUUCAUCUCGGAGGGGCCGUGGGAUGUCCACGACGAGGUCGACCUCGAGUUCCUGGGCAACGCCAGCGGGCAGCCGUACACGCUGCACACCAACGUGUACGCCAGCGGCAACGGCAGCAGGGAGCAACAGUUCCACCUCUGGUUCGACCCCACCGCCGACUUCCACACCUACUCCAUCCAGUGGACGCAGCAGCACAUCCUCGUGCUGGUGGACGGGACGCCGAUCCGGGAGUUCAAGAACCACGCGGACCGGGGCGUGCCGUACCCGUCGUCGCAGCGGAUGCGCCUCUACGGCUCGCUGUGGGACGCCGAGGACUGGGCCACGCAGGGCGGCCGCGUCAAGACGGACUGGUCGCGGGCCCCCUUCGUGGCGCAGUACCGCAACUUCACGGCCGCGCCGCCGGCCACGGCGGCGGCCGGCCAGUACGGGCAGCAGAUGGACGCGGAGGCGCAGCAGGCCAUGAAGUGGGCGCGGGACAACUACAUGGUCUACGAUUACUGCGCCGACACCAAGCGCUUCUCGCAGGGCGCGCCGCCUGAGUGCUCCAUGGCGUAGUCGGCGUAUAGAGGUGCUGGGCUGAACCACGGUGCACUUCGAUUGCGAUGUCGAUCAGUGCACACUAUAUACGACGCACGGGUCAAUUCAUUAUUUAUACCGAUCGAUCGAUUCUUUGGUGUGAAAGAAUACUCUAGUACUAUAAUUUAAUUCAUUUGAUUGGUCGCAAGAGAUUCGUUUAAAAUCAAUCGUUUAUGUUUAUACUACCCAAGUUUAGUUUCA